GCUUCUAGAACAUCAACUUUUGACAGCAGCAAGACCUAAAGUGUCAUGUCGUCUUCAAAACAGCUCCACCUGACCGCAUUUAUGCGCCCCGUCUCCCUCCACACAGGAGCAUGGCGUUAUCCUGGGGCCUAUCCAGACGCCAACUUCAACCUCAAGCACCUGAAGUCCUUCAUCCAAGCUCUUGAAGCUGCAAAGUUUGAUGCGUUCUUCAUGGCCGAUCACCUUGCCGUGCUCAACAUGCCCGUCGAAGCGCUGAAGCGCAGCCAUACUGUGACUUCGUUCGAGCCCUUCACUUUGCUCUCGGCAUUAUCGCAAGUGACGGAAAGGAUCGGACUUGCCGCGACCGCAUCAACGACGUACGAUGAGCCGUACCAUAUUGCGCGACGAUUUGCAAGUCUGGAUCAUCUUAGCGAGGGAAGAGCAGCGUGGAAUAUUGUUACGACAGGCAAUCCGGAAUCAUCCAAGAACUUUGGACUUGAUGAGCAUGUGCAGCACAGCGAGCGGUAUAAGCGUGCAAGAGAGUUUUAUGACGUAGUAACUGGGUUGUGGGAUAGUUUUGCCGACGAUGCGUUCGUCCGCGACCCCGAGAGUGGCAUCUAUGUUGAUCCGGAGAAAAUACACACCCUGAAUCACAAGGGCGAUGACCUGAAAGUCAAAGGGCCACUAAACAUUGCAAGGCCAGUGCAAGGUUGGCCCGUCAUUGUGCAAGCUGGGCAAUCGGAGCCUGGUCGCCAGUUGGCAGCUGAGACCGCUGAGGUGGUGUUUUGCUCACCACGAGACCUUGAGGCGAGCAAGCUUUUGUAUGAUGAUAUCAAAGGUCGUACGAAAGCCGCCGGUAGGAAUCCUGAUCACAUCAAGAUCCUACCUGCUGCGAUGGUACUCAUCAGUGAUUCGGUAGAAGAGGCACAACAAAAGCGGUUGAAGUUGGACAGUUUGGUACAUUACGAUAGCGCUAUUUCCUCACUUUCGAUUUCGCUGGGUACAGAUGCGUCAAAAUUCGAUCCGGAUGGUCCGCUUCCCCCCGAGGAAGCUCUUCCCGCGACUAAUGCGAGUCACACUAGUCGUGCCAGCGUCAUCAAACUCGCAGAAACGGAAGGACUUACCGUCCGUCAGCUUGCUGGUCGUUAUGGAGGAUACGCCGGUCUUGCGUUUGUGGGGACUGCAGAGACAGUGGCCGAUGAAAUGGAACAAUGGCUGGAAGAAGGAGCAUCGGAUGGGUUUACGGUGACAUUACCAUUCUUGCCUGAGGGCUUGGACGCAGUCACUCAAAAGCUGGUCCCAGAGUUGCAACGAAGGGGACUUUUCCGAAAGGAGUACGAAGGCACAACAUUGCGAGAGCAUCUAGGCCUCCCGAGGCCAGGUAAUCGAUUUUUUGAGAAGGAGGUCAGUAAUGCAGUCAAUGGUGGGAGUAGGACACUCGCUAUGAAUGGGAAGAGAGAUCUCGAUGUGGAUGAUGACUUACCAGAAGUGAAGAAAAGGAAAGCCCAAAGCUAGACGGUAGAUUCAUGGUACAAUAGUACAUACGUGUUACAACAACACUGGGGAUUGAUUAAUUAUUUCUGAUGCUGCUAACCUUAGACAAGAGAACUCACCAAAAACCUAAUUGCCACAGAACGCAGA